UCAGAGCGACAGCCAGCACAGCCUGCUGCUUUAAACUGCUUCAAACUGCCUGUCAGCAGCCUGCAGGGAGCAGCUCCGUAUCCAAACCUGUUGCUUUUAAACCCAACCAGCUGUAGCAUAUGUGUGUUCUCUAAGCAUUGGACACUUGAGGACCACUAAGGACCUGUCCGUGCUCGUCAUCAAGCUGGAUUCCCGGAGCUCCUCACCAUGUAUGCCCGGGUUUAGAUCCUCCAUGGAGCUUUCCAACCUGUACGAGAUUACCCCCCGGCCCCUGGUGACCAGCCUGCCCCACGGCCAGCAGCCUUCUUCCGGCUACAGAGACCCGGCAGACCUCGGCGACAUCGGAGACAACGAGGCUUCCAUUGACAUCAGCGCCUACAUCGACCCGUCGGCGUUUAACGACGACUUCCUAGCCGACCUGUUCCACCACGGCUCCCGGCAGGACAAAGUCAAGCUGAUGAACGGCGAGUACGACUCCCUGCCGUGCGGCCCGGGGCCCCAGCAGCUCUACAUGUCCAACUACAUGGAGUCCAAACUGGAGCCCAUGUACGAGCACCACCAGCCCCGGAUCCGACCCGUGGCCAUAAAACAGGAGCCUAGAGACGACGAGGACUUGAACCCGGCCAUGCCGCCCUCCUACCACCAUCCACACCAACAUUCCCAGUAUUCACAGCAUUCCCAGCAGCAGCACCUACCGCAUCUCCAGUACCAGAUAGCGCAUUGCGCGCAGACCACCAUGCACCUCCAGCCAGGCCACCCCACCCCUCCGCCGACCCCGGUUCCCAGCCCGCACCAGCACCCGCACCAGCACCAACACCAGCACCCUCAUCCCCAGCAGAGCGCCCUGUCCGGGGGCCCUAUGAAGAUGCUGGAACGUGGCAAAACCAAGAAGCACAUCGACAAGAACAGCCCAGAGUACCGGCUGCGGAGAGAGCGGAACAAUGUGGCGGUAAGGAAGAGCCGGGACAAGGCGAAGAUGCGCAACGUGGAGACGCAGCAGAAGGUGGUGGAGCUGUCAGCCGACAACGAGAGGCUGAGGAGGAGAGUGGAGCAUCUGACCCGGGAGCUGGACACUUUACGGGGCAUCUUCAGACAGCUACCGGACGGAUCCUUCAAACCCAUGAGCAGCUGAAAGACUACUGUACCGCUGGACUGGAAACAGCCUGGUAAACGGACUGGUACUGCUGGAUUUACGCACGGCCACAUCUCUGUUGACAGACUGUUGUGAGGAGAUCCAAGACGGGCAGCUGAGAUGUUCAUGUGCCUUUUUGCGCAAAAACAAUAAGCUCAUUCCCCUGCAGAUCCACAACAGAGGACUGGUUGUUUUGUGCCUUUUCCAUACAGACUGUGUGCCAGACACACAAAACUCACAUAUCAGUGCAGCUAAGGUAGGGCACGAGGAUCGGAUCCAGAAUCAGUCUGUUGUGCAUGUUUUUAUAUAAGUUACCAUCUCCAUAUCUUCUCCUGUUGAACUAGAAUUUAUCUUAUAAAACUAUAAAAUGCAAAGUGCACACUGCUUGCAUAUAGGCUAUGUUUGUAUUGUUUUUUUUUUUUUUUUUUUUUUUUCCAAAGACAAAACGCAUAUCUCGUCAUUCUGUUUGUCACAUAAGGUCCAGGUCCUCUAGUCUGGUGCGUUUGCAUUCACAAGUCGAGUUGUCUGAUGGUCUGAUUGAAGCCAAAGCAAAGGACUGGAACUGAUAACUGUGGUACCUGCUUCAUAAGCAGUUUAUUGUAUGCACUAUACGUCGUCGAAACGCGACCAAAUGAAGCACAUUGUCUUUUAAAUAAUGACACAUGGGUACUGAUCUGAAACGCCUCCGGUUGCGCUUUCUAGCUUGUAGCUUAUUUAUGUGUAAUUUGAUGGAAAAAUGUGAAAAGGGUUUCUAUGCAAUGUGUCUUUCCUU